GGCAGCAUCUUCAGCCCACAUUAGUUGACAACCUGACAUUGUUUUUGACAAAAACGUUGUUAAGUUGACAAAUAAUUCUUCUAACAAUGACACGACAUGCCCGAAAUUCGACCGCUGGAAGUGUGUAUACCUACCAUGAAAAGAAAAGGGAUGCAAAAGCAUCUGGUUACGGCUCUCUUUCAGAAAGGUUUAGUAAAGAUUCAAUCAAAGGUUUUGACUGUUGCUCAUUAACCCUACAACCUUGCCGAAAUCCUGUCGUUAGUGCUGAUGGUUAUUUGUUUGAUAAAGAAGCCAUUUUGGAAUACUACCUUGCCAAGAAAAAAGAAAUCCUCCGGCAGCAGAAAGAGUAUGAAAAACAAAACAAAAGAGAGGAGAAUGAAAAAAAUGAGUUGAAGGCUGCUGCCCACAGAAGUCAAGUGGAGAAAUUCAUUGCUACUGAAAAAGGUGAAGGCAUGCCUGAGAAUACACCAUCUACUAGCAGUGGUAGUCUUUCUAAUAUGGCAGGGGUAAAGGCAAAGGAUUUGCCUAGUUUUUGGGUCCCAGCUAUGACACCAGAUGCAAAACCAAUCAUUGUUCCCAAGCCAUCUACAGAAAUUUACUGUCCAGUUAGUGGAAAACUUUUGAAAAUCAAAGAUCUGAUUGAUGUCAAAUUUACUCUGGCCCCCAAAGACGAUGACGAACGUGGAAAAGCUCUCAUAAGUCGCCAAGUUCGUUACAUGUGUCCUGUUACAAGAGAUGUCCUGAGUAAUUCAGUCCCCUGUACAAUUUUGAAACCAACUGGUGAUGUUGUAACAACUGAAUGCUUCGAAAAAUUGAUUAAAAAAGACAUGAUCCACCCACUUACUGGCAAGAAAUUAAAAGAAAAAGACAUCAUUACUUUGCAAAGGGGUGGAACUGGAUUCGCAAGUGUAAACGAUAAGCUUGAAGCCACAGAAGCCCGACCUAGCAUGAUGGCAUAAUUUUCUGUUUAAAAUCUGUUUCUGAAUCGUUUUCUUGACUGGAGUUUGUGAAUUUUUUAUGUCUCAUUUCAAUAAAAUGUUUGAUC